AAUACACAUUGCUUUAGUCUUCCAAGAUUUUCAAAUCUCUCUCUCACACUUUCAUCAUGAAUCAAUUUUUCAAGAACUCAAAAUUGGUUCUUGGGUUUUUCAAUUUGAGUAAAAAAAUCCACCCCACAAGUACAAAAUCAACUAGAAAAAUUUGCAAUCACUCUGAAUCUUGGAAAUCAAUGGAGGGUUUUGUUAAAUGUUCUGCAAAUUUUGAACCAUUGACACCCUUAAGUUUCUUGGAAAGGGCAGCUAAUGUUUUUAGGGAUAGAAUUUCUGUUAUUUAUGGUGAAAAAUUGAAGUAUAAUUGGGAAGAAACUCAUAAUAGAUGUGUAAAACUUGCUUCUUCUCUGGUUCAUUUGGGGACUUCUCAUGGUGAUGUGGUUGCAACUCUGGCUCCUAAUGUACCAGCAAUGCAAGAGCUACAUUUUGCUGUACCGAUGGCUGGAGCCGUUCUUUGUACAUUAAAUACGCGCCAUGAUUCAGCUAUGUUAUCGAUACUUCUGAUGCAUUCAGAAGCAAAGGUCAUAUUUGUGGAUCAACAAUUGCUCGAAAUUGCUCGAGGAGCAUUAGCUCUUCUUACUGACAAGAAGCAGAAACUGCCUCUUCUUGUUGUAAUUCGUCAAUCUGACGAAUCUCCUGCUAUUGAAAACUUAAACACUCAUGAUCACGAAUAUGAAAGUCUCCUCAGAAGUGGGAAUAGCGAUUUUUCUAUAAGAUGGCCGAGAACAGAAUUUGAUCCCAUUAGUAUUAACUAUACUUCAGGUACAACGUCGCGACCCAAAGGAGUUGUUUACAGUCAUAGAGGUGCGUAUCUCAAUACCAUUGCCACUUUUUUGCUUCACGAGAUGAGUUUGUUCCCUGUUUACCUUUGGACCGUUCCAAUGUUUCACUGCAAUGGUUGGUGCUUGGUUUGGGGGCUUGCAGCGUUGGGUGGCACGAACGUUUGUCUUAGAAAUGUCUCUCCAAAAGACAUAUUCGAAAGCAUUUUGCUGCACAAAGUCACACAUAUGGGCGGGGCACCAACUGUGUUGAACAAGAUUGUGAAUUCGCCCCCAUGUGAUCUAAAGCCUCUUCCUCACAAGGUUAAAAUAAUGACAGGUGGUUCACCGCCUCCUCCGCAAAUUAUUUCCAAAAUGGAGGAGCAAGGAUUCGGAGUAAAUCACUUAUACGGACUUACAGAGACUUACGGUCCAGGUACGUAUUGUUUGUGGAAGCCCGAGUGGGAUUCUUUGCCUCCUGACGAAAAAUUUAUACUGAAAGCAAGACAAGGAGUACAACAUCUUUGUUUAAAAGAAGUCAAUAUACGAGAUUCUACCACCAUGGAAGAAGUGCCUGCUGAUGGUAAAACAAUUGGAGAAAUUAUGUUUAGAGGGAACACUGUGAUGAGUGGAUACUUAAACGAUACGAAAGCAACAGAGGAGGCUUUUAAAGGCGGAUGGUUUCACAGUGGUGAUCUUGCUGUGAAACAUCCCGAUGGUUAUAUAGAAGUUAAGGACCGGUUGAAAGACAUUAUUUUAUCCGGUGGAGAAAACAUAAGCACGGUUGAGGUAGAACGAGUUUUGUAUAGUCAUCCAGCAGUUGUUGAAGCAGCAGUAGUCGCAAGACCAGAUAACUAUUGGGGGCAAACACCUUGCGCGUUUGUGAAGUUGAAGGAAGGAUUUAGUGUUGGCGAUCAAGAAAUCAUCAAUUUUUGUCGCGAUAAUUUGCCUCAUUACAUGGCACCUCGGACAGUUAUAUUCGAAGAUAUUCCUAAAACUUCCACAGGCAAGAUACAGAAAUUUAUCCUGAGGGAGAAAGCGAGUGCGUUGGGCAGUCUUUUCUAGAGUAAAAAUGAAGCAGCAGCAGCACUUGGCUUUGCUGGAAAAUCUGUGUAUCAAUGUGUUGAUAAUUGGUGGUAAUAAAAGCCCCCUUUGUGUCUCUAAA